CCUCAACAUCCACCAGCGCCACUCGGUGCCCAGCAUUGGCACUAUUUGACACUUUGCCCACCUUUUCGUGAGUUCCCCAUUGGAAGAAAGAUUGUGAAAUUUCGCUGAAAAAGUCCACAAAUCAAGGAGAAGAAGUCCAUCUUGCACUGUAAAAUUUCUGUUGUGUGAGUCUCUGGAGUGUGGUAUAAACGCGCUAAGAAAGAAAGAAAGAAAGACACUUCCCCCACGUGCCCCCAAAUUGCAGCUGCUGCCCCAAUCUCAGCACCCCACUGUCCGGACAUUGCAGCAUGCUGAGGAAGUCUCCUGAGUUGCUUCUGCCCGAGUAAAUCAACACCGCGCGCUCGUGUGUGUCAGCAGAAGAGUCCUUCGCAGUGUGUCCGGGAAGGUUGUACAGUUAUUGUCCAGGGACUUUGCAAUGUCAUCCAGCGGCCGCUUGAGGUUGCCCACGGCCUCAGGAGCCGGCACAUCUAGUAAAUCUGUCGUGUGUGCGUACUACGCCAAGGGAAUGUGUCGCUUUGGCGAUUGCUGUCGCUUUGCCCACAUUGACACACCUCCGGAGGCAGCGGAGGCGCCCGAGAAGCGUCCACCUGUGGCCAGCACAUCCACAGCGGCCGUCAUCAAUCCGGGUGAUCCACAGAGUUGGGUCCUGGCGCCCGUCUUUGUGCCCAAACAGCGCAUCAGCGAUGGCGAAGAGUCAAAGCUCAGCUACGCCGACGUGUGUCGCGAUCCAAACGCCCCGGCGGACGCUGAGGAGGUGGCGACGACAGAGGAGGAGUUCGCCGCAGCACCUGUGCUGGAGCUGUGUCCCUACGUGAAGAUCAAUGAGGAGUUUGGCCACUGCGCCUACGGCGAGGCGUGCGUGUACGCACACGGCGAUCUGUGCGAUCUCUGUCAGCAAUUCUGUCUGCAUCCCACGGACGAGGAGCAGCGCAAGAGUCACAAUGUGCAGUGCAUUCGGCAGCACGAGAAGGACAUGGAGCUGUCAUUCGCCAUUGCACGCUCCAAGGACAAACUCUGUGGCAUUUGCUUCGAGGUGAUCAUGGAGAAGUCCGGACGCGAUCAACGCUUCGGCAUCCUGCCCAAUUGCAAUCACAUCUUCUGCCUGGAGUGCAUCAGGAAGUGGCGACAAGCCAAGCAGUUCGACAACAAAAUCAUCCGUGCUUGUCCCGAAUGCCGCGUGGCGUCAGAUUUCGUGUGUCCUAGCACAUAUUGGGUGGACACGCAGGAGGAGAAGGCGAAGCUGAUUGAGGAGUACAAGGCGGCUCUCAAUGCGAAAGACUGUAAAUACUACAAAAAGGGGAGCGGUUCUUGUCCAUUUGGCAACAAAUGCUUCUACAAGCACGCCGACAGGGAUGGCAAGCUGGUGGAUUUGGGUGCUCCGCGGCGUCGCUUCGUUCAAAGUCAUCCGAACGAAGUGGAGAUUCUGCAGCAAUUGAUAUUUUGGGACUUUAUUGAAGCAUACGAAGUAGAUUCAAAUCUCUCUGAUAGCGAUGAUUCCGAUUGGUCUGAUCUCUACAACAUUUGGUAAAUAAAAGGGGAUGUUGUUUGUUUGUGUUUCCUUUGAAGAGACACAGAAAUGAAGAAGAAGAAGAUGAGAGUGAAGACGAAGAUGUCGAAAUCAUUUGUAAACGCGUAAAUUGAGAUAAUUUUUCAUCAUCAACACUUUAUUUCUCGAAAUAUUCCACAAGUAUUGAUCAAAAGAGAUAAAAAAGGAAGAGAAAAAUUGUGUGAUGAGGAGAAAAGGAGAGAAAAUUUAAUAGUUUUUGACACGUAAAUGAGAAGAAGAAGAAGAAAAGAAGAGACACACAAAUAAUUGUGGGAUCACAAGAGAUGAAAAAUUAACUAAAAUUAGUACGGACAAAAAGUGUCUAAAUAUAGAGAUGAAGAUGAUAAAAGAAAAGAAAAGAAAAGAAAAAAACUUGUAUAUUUUAAAUGUUUCACACAUUAUGCAAAAAUUGAAGAAAAAAAAAGAGAAGAAAAACACAAGAAUUUAGUAACAAAACGAGGCAAAUAAAAAAAAAAACCAUCAAUUAAUUAACUCGUUAAAAAGUAAGAGUAAGAAAAUUGUGUGAACAGAAGAUGAAGAAGAAGAUGAUGAAAUGUGAAAAUAAUGUGUAGAAAUAUUUAGCAAAAAAGAAUCUUGACAAAUUUCAACGGAAUUUCAAAGAAGAGAAUACGUUUAAAAUGAAGAAGAAGGAAAAAACCACACUAAGAAGAGAAGGAAAAAUUCAGAGGAGUAAAAAAGAAAAUCUAAUUUAAACCCCUAAAACUUAUUGUUGAAUGCUGUUCUUCUUUUUUUUUAAUAAGCAUAAUAAUUAUUUUUUCUUCAUUAAUAUUUGUAGUUGAAAUAAUUGAAAACAAAAAACUAAAAAAGAAAAUACAUUACAAAAUUUAGUACAAGAAAUGUAUUUGAAAACUAUAAAAC